AUGACAAAAAUAGGACUAUUAAUACUUAUUUCGUGUAUAUCAUGUAUUGCUAUUAUAAACAGUAAGGAGAUAAAGAAUAUAGAAGAUUUAGACUUAGUAAAUUUGCUUAAAAAUGAAAAGGAGAGGAAACGUGUUUUUGCUUGUUUAAUGGAGCAGGCGCCGUGCGGUGAUAUGCAACAGUUUAAAGAAUCAAUAACUCAAAUGAUAAAGACCAACUGCAACAACUGCUCACCGCGAGACAUGGAAAGAUAUAAUAUGUUCUCACAAUUGUUGGCUAUAGCAUAUCCGGACAAAUUAAAAGCUCUCAAGGAAAAGUAUCAAGGAUGA